AGCAAAACAAAAUCUUUUCAGCCCUCUCUCUCUCUCUCACUCUCUCAAGUCUCAACGGUCUGCAAAUGGGGAAAGAGGCCAACGCGGCCCAAAACUCUGCCCUGUUAGAACCAAAACAAAAUAUGGUCCAGUCGCUAGAAACAACAAUAAGGCCCAAUAAGGCGAUAUCUCAAGUUUCAGGAAAGAGGAGGAAACGGGUACCGGGAAGCAAGAAGAGUGAAUAAACGGUUGACGAAGGCGGAAGAAUUGCCGGCGCAGUUGCCGGACAGAAGCUGCCGAAUCAACUCCGACAGGGAUCGGGGAGUCGACUGGAUCUCCGAGGAGCUAGAUACCGGAGGAAGUGGAAAGAGAGCCAGUUAACUCGGGAAUCAGCUGCUGCCGCCGUAGAUCGGCGAAUUCAUCGCCGUAGCUCUUGUUUUGGUUGCCUGGUACGGAGAAAGCAGGCAGCUUUUCUUCAAGGCAUCGGUUUGGAAACGGAAUCAGAGAGAAAUGGACUUCAAGCGAAGCUCCAAGUUGAAUAUCGCCAUUCUUCACCCUGACCUUGGAAUAGGUGGAGCUGAAAGGUUGAUUGUUGACGCUGCUGUUGAACUUGCAUCCCAGGGUCACAAGGUUCAUGUAUUUACAGCUCACCAUGACAAGAACAGGUGCUUUGAGGAAACUGUUGCAGGCACUUUUCCAGUUACUGUAUAUGGUUCCUUUCUUCCCCGCCAUGUGUUCUACCGGCUUCAUGCUGUAUGUGCAUACCUGAGGUGCCUCUUGGUUGCUCUUGGAAUGUUGUUCCUUUGGCCAUCUUUUGAUGUUGUACUUGUGGAUCAAGUUUCAGUUGUAAUCCCAUUGUUGAAACUCAAAAGAGCAACAAAGGUGGUGUUUUAUUGUCAUUUUCCAGACCUCUUGCUGGCUCAACACACAACCGCACUCCGAAGACUAUAUAGAAAACCUAUCGACUUCUUGGAAGAAACAACAACCGGAAUGGCAGAUAUGAUACUUGUAAAUAGCAAAUUCACUGCAUCUACUUUUGCUCGAACAUUUAAGCAUCUUCACGCACGAGGAAUUCAGCCUGCUGUUCUAUAUCCAGCUGUUAAUGUGGAGCAGUUUGAAGAACCUCAUUCUUCCAAGUUGAAUUUUCUCUCCAUCAACCGUUUUGAAAGGAAGAAGAACAUAGAAUUAGCAAUUUCUGCCUUUGCCAAGCUUCACAGCCUCGGGGAACUUGGUAAUGAUAAGCUGAGGGAUGCUUCCUUGACUAUUGCAGGCAAGUCUGUCCUUGUUUAUUUUUCUAGCGGAUACGACGAGCGUUUGAGAGAGAAUGUUGAAUACUUGGAGGAGCUUAGAAGACUAGCAGAUAGACAAGGAGUGUCCGAUCGUGUCAAGUUUGUGACGUCUUGUUCCACCGCCGAAAGAAAUGAUCUUCUCUCAGAAUGUCUAUGUGUUAUCUAUACACCUAAGGAUGAACACUUCGGCAUUGUCCCAAUCGAGGCGAUGGCAGCUCAUAAACCUGUCAUUGCAUGCAACAGUGGAGGCCCCGUCGAGUCUGUCAAGGAUGGAGUCACUGGAUUUCUCUGUGAUCCUACUGCUCAAGCAUUUUCACAAGCCAUGGCCAAAUUCCUCGAGGAUCCAGAUGUGGCGAAGAGUAUGGGACGCGAUGCCAGGCGGCAUGUGGCAGAUUCAUUCGCUACUCGGAUUUUCGGGCAGCGCCUGAAUCAAUACGUUACCAGCAUUGCUGGCACUAAGCAGGAAUGAAACUUCAAACUCUUGUUGCAUACCCAGAUAGACUUAAUACCAACAGCCUGAUUUUGCAGUUUUGUUCUCCUCCCUUGGCGGGGGUCUUGAACUCCAUACUUAGUUAAGUUCCAUUUAUCUUUUUGCUAAACUUGAUUAAGGAAAUCCAUAUACAUUUGAAAUCCACACCCACCUAAAAUUUAGGAUUUUCUCCAAAA